AUGCUGCACGUGUGGAGGCCCUCUGGGGAGCAAGUGGCUAGUAUUCCCACCCGGAAAGUGGGUCGCGUGCAUGAUUUGAAGCAGCAUCUGGACACUCUCCUUGGGGUCCCACGGUUCCGGCAGCGAAUCGUGCAUGAAGAUGCGGUCUUGGAUGACGAUGCUCAGCUGGCCUCGAUUACGGAUGUGCAGCUCGUGGUGCUUCACAUUUCCGAAAGGGAUGCCAAAUACUUCUUAAAAGCAGUGUCUGGCAACUCCCAUGUCCAUGUGGUGGAAAUGCUGCAAAAGCAGCACGAUCCGAACCUGGCCGCGCACUAUUGGGGGAGGCACCUCACCCCCCUUCAGGCGGCUGCCGAGGCAGGUUACGUAAGCAUGGUAAUGUUGUUGUUGGAGUCUGGGGCGCACGAUGUGUCCGACUCCGGCGAGCAAGUGGCUCUUGCUGCUGCUUCAAGGGCUGGCCACCGGGAGGUGGUCUCCUUGCUCUUGGAGGCGGGUGGUGAUAGGGCUGAUAGGGACUGCGCUCUGCAAGCCGCCACCGAGGCAGGGCAUGCGCAGAUUGUCCGGAUGUUGUUGGAGAGGGGUGGUGUUUACGAUCUGACAACCCGUGGCUACCGUGAAAGUUUGGUAGCUGCAUCGAGCACCCUCAACGAGCAGAUCCUGUCAUUGCUGCUGGAGGCUCACGGUCGCCUUGGCUUCUUUGACAGGGGCUGGACCCGAGCUGUCCUGGGCGGGGUGGUGGCCAGAUGCAGAUCCUCGUCUUUUUGCAUCUUCGGAGCCUUCCUCGCUGGGUUGUGGCUCUUCUUCCUCAUCAGUGGUUAUGCUUCUCCGACGAAGGAUGAAAGAGCACGGGAGGAUAGAGAGGCAGUCGCAACAGUCUGCAUCGCUUGUACGAUCAUGCUUCUUCUCUUCGCCAUUCCCUACAAGAUUCUCAGUCUGCUGCUGGUGUCGUGGGCCGUGUCGGGCGACGUGCAGGUGAAUCCCACAGGCAAAGUCUCUGCACCGGACGAGCACUGCGUCCAUAUCUUGGCCGGCCACAACGGCUUCGUUCUGAGCCUUUGUACUGUCGGCGACGUUCUUUUCACCGGAUCUCAGGACUGCAACAUCAUGAUCUGGGACCUGAACAACCUGCAGUACAUCGGUACCCUUCCGGGGCACCGCGGCUUCGUCAAGUGCAUGGUGGCGACACUGGGAAGGAAGCUACUUUGCUCAGGUUCGCAGGACAAGACGAUCAAGGUUUGGAGCCUGGAGACCUUCUCGUCCACGAAGACACUCUACGGGCACACCAGCGAGGUGAACAGCCUGACACUCAUGGAUGGUGCGCCGGACUCCUCCAGUUGA